GGUUUUCCUAUGGUUGGCUAAAUUUCCUGUUUCCUGCUUAUUUUGUAGCGACGGACUAGAGUUCCCAGACGCUGGGAGGCUCGCUUCGGUUUUGUUUUGUUUUGAGCCUUCCUUUCCGCAGUUAAACUACAUCUCCCAGAAAUCCGGUGGGUGGGGACUGCGGACGUAGAGAACGCACGUGGAAAGAAAAGUUGCGGGGAGGUGAGGCUACUACUCAGCGACGGGAAGGUCGGAAGGUGGAUAAGCGAAGGGAUUUCUUUUCCUAGUUUUAAACUGGGGCUUGGGCUUCUCUUUUGCUAGGAGGUUGGAGCUAUCCGCAGAUCUGGCUGGCAAAGUUUUUGAGUCUUUCCCUGGUGAGAUUUCUCGAAUCUAGCUAUGCGACUCUCAGCCCUGCUGGCCUUGGCAUCCAAAGCCUCUCUCUCCCCCUACUACCGCUAUGGAAUGAGCCGUCCAGGUUCCAUAGCUGACAAAAGGAAGAAUCCUCCAUGGAGCAGGCGGCGCCCAGUAGUGGUAGAGCCCAUCUCUGAUGAAGACUGGCACCUAUUCUGUGGAGACAUGGUAGAAAUCUUAGAAGGCAAGGAUGCUGGGAAGCAAGGCAAAGUAGUCCAAGUCGUUCGGCAGAGAAACUGGGUUGUCCUGGAGGGGUUGAACACGCAUUACCGCUACAUUGGCAGAACCAAGGACCACCGAGGGACCAUGAUCGCUAGUGAAGCCCCCUUGCUUCAUCACCAGGUCAAGCUAGUGGAUCCUGUGGACAGGAAACCCACUGAGGUCCAGUGGAGAUUUACUGAGGCAGGAGAACGUGUUCGAGUCUCCACAAGAUCUGGGAGAAUUAUCCCGAAACCUGAAUUUCCUAGAGCAGAUGGUAUUGUCCCCGAAACGUGGACUGAUGGCCCCAAGGACACAUCAGUAGAAGAUGCUCUAGAAAAAACUUAUGUGCCCCGGCUAAAGACAUUAGAAGAAGACGUGAUGGAGGCCAUGGGGAUCCAGGAGACUCGAAGAUUCAAGAAAGUUUAUUGGUAUUGAGCCUUAGAGUGCUGCUUCUGCCGGUCCAGUCUUCACCUUGAUGGUAGAGGACUUUCUUUCUAAAACACCAAUAAAGAGCCUUGAGGGCAGCCACUGUCCACACCACCCCUCUGCAUCUCCCAAGUGCUUACAUUUUGGGGAGCUCAGGCACGGUGCAGCUUUUCUUCUGUCAGGAUAGACUGGGUAGGUGCUAGCCUUCCCAGGGACAGGUCCUGAUAUUUGGGGAUGGGAGCAAGAAGGCCCCUUUAUUCUUUUUCCUAUUUAUAGAAAUAGGAGU